AUUUUUUUUGAUGCCUACCCUCAGUGGACAAACGAGGCGCUCGCGGCAGCCCCAUCAUUUUUUGGCGGGAAAUAUGUAUGGAAUUUCGCCCGAACAACUUCGAGCUUACGUGAACGUCAAUGAUGAAAACACGGAUGAUAGCAACGUGGGCAGCCUAAAGCACCGCGUGCUUGUGUUGGACUGUCGGUCAUUUGUGGCAUUCAACAGUGGGCACAUUAUUGACGCAGUAAAUGUUCAUUGUCCGGCUAUACUUAGAAGACGGUGCGGUGGACGUUUGCCGCUAAGGACUAUAAUUCCAAACAGUAAUAUCCGGUCCUCAAUAUCAAACAAUCACUGUUUUCCUAUUGUACUUUAUGACGAUUUCGGACAGAAUGUAAAAAAUUUAAGUGAUUUGACUGGCGAUGAGUCUACGGCUGCAUUUGUGGCUAAGUGCUUACGCAACGAAGCAAAUUUACAAACAAUAUACUACUUGGAAGGUGGAUAUCAAACUUUCAGUCACCUCUUUCCUGAGCUCGUCUUCCAAUCUGCUUGUGCAACACCAUCCCCCAUCAAUUCUCCUGUUCCUAGUCCUGGUGGUACUGGUCAGUUCAGGCCAUUGUCUUCGGACUCUUUGGCCGGACCUGUUGAAAUCCUUCCACACCUUUUCCUGGGCUGUGCCCGUGAUGCUUCUCGGAAAGAACAACUCCAACAAUUGGGCAUCACUGCCCUGCUCAAUGUGACGCAGUUUUGUCCCAAUUUGUAUCAAGAAUCGUUUGAGUACAAGUGCAUACCAGUGCGGGAUACUGGGUGCGAGGAUAUUGGGGCUUAUUUUCAAGAAUCCAUCCAAUUUAUCGAUCAAGUGAGAGCUCAAAAUGGUAAAGUGCUGGUUCACUGCCAAGCUGGUGUGAGCCGAUCUGCCACGAUUUGCAUUGCUUAUCUCAUGGCUACCAGACGCCUUCGUAUGGAAGAAGCUUACAAAUAUGUCAAAUCUCGACGAAGGAUAGUGUCUCCAAAUUUCAGUUUCAUGGGCCAACUCCUGACUUUUGAAAAUCAAAUCUUCGCCUCCAAUGGAUCUCGAUAUCAUUCGUCCUCCCCAAGUUCACCCCUACUAGGGGUGGUCGCCUCAACUCCCGACCCAGAUUCACUAACUCCGUCUUGCGGCGCAAAACAGCAAAAUGUAUUCGAUUUUGUAACAGUUUCUUCAGCCUCCACAGCUGAAGCCCUAAUAACUUCAACAGCGCCAUCUAUCGGGUUACCAGAAAAAGAAUUUGCCAACAUUUCGAACGUUAUUGUAGAUACCUGCCAUAAAUUAACUUUAUCACCAUGUUUAACGUGAUUGUGAACUCAUUUCCGCAUGUGUUAGUGUACUUAAUGUUCGAACUUAUCAGGGAAUCUUACUAAUCUGGUCCAAUUUGUACUUGUUAAUUCAUGCAAGAAAUUUUUUUUAAUGAAGGUCUUUUUUCUAAACAGUGAAGUAUAUACUCAAUUUUAGUCCUUCACUACAGUUUAAAAAAAAAAAAGUUGCAAUAUUCUUCAUUGAAAAUUAUACUGGUGUAUAGGAAACAAUGUUUCAAAUCUUUAUAAUAAUUCCAACUUUCAUAUUUAUUUGGCUCAAAGAUGAGACUAAAAAAGAGACAUUAUUCAAUAUCUUUAUAUAUAAAGAAAUUUUUCCAUGCAAAUGACUUGACAAUUUUUAUUGUCAAUCUUUGAAAGUUGACUGUAGCAUUUUAAAAAGCAUAAGUAUUUUAAUGUAAGCAGAUCGUAGUUUUGUUUAAAAAUAUUUUAAAUUGCCCGUAAAAUUUUUUAGUUGCAUCAUUGUAUUUAAUUUUUCAUAAGGAUGUUCUAUAACGUUAUUUUAUUACUUCAUUCUUAUUUUAUUUAAGAUGCCUUGAAAUAGGCUUCUAAAUUGUUUCCCAAAUAUUUUAUUGAUGUCUUACUUUCAAUAAAGUUAAAAAUUAAGGCUCCAAGAAAGAGUAUUUUUGUAAAUGACAAUAAAGCAAUUUUUAUUUAUAUUAUUUUUGCUAUGAAAGUUAUUUUUUUUCCCUUUAAAGUAUUUUUUUAAGCACAAGUUUUUUGUUGCAAAUUAAUCUAAAGCAAUAAUUUGAAGUUUCAAGCUAAUUUUAGUUUCUCCGAAAAUAUGCAGAGUUUUGUCAACCAUUAAAACUAAUAAAUCUAAAUAAUUACUAAAUUUUGAUAAAUAUAUCCUGAUGCUAUGAUAAAAUGUUAGUGCUCAUAUCUUAGCUGAAAUCUCAAUGUUCAAUUUCUAUCUUGGUCUAUUGAAUAGUUUUAAAACUACUAAAUUUUACCAAAUCUGUUAUAAAUAUGCAUAUGGAAUUAAGAAUGCUGCUAUGAUUGUUUACUAUUGCAUCAUUUGUAAAUAUAUUUACUGUCAAAAACUUGAAUAUAUUGUGUGUGGAAAAUGUGUGGUCUAAUUAUUCAUGUAAUUGGUGUGUUCGGAAUCAGUGUAAUAUUGCAUCUAGAAUAUUUUUAUGGAAUGUAGUUGAAUUUUAUCUAGUCUGUGAACUAGUCUGAGAAUUUUAAAAGCUGUUUAGAGAAAUUCCAUCAAUUCUGGUGCCUUUUUAAAUGUGGAAAUGAGAGCUUCUGUUAUUUUAUAAAUUACUAUUAUAUUUUUAAGUGUAUACAUUUUUAAAUUUUUUGCAGAUUAUCCAGACAUUUUUGCAAAUUAAAUUUUUUAUGCUCAAAAUUCUGAUAAUUAAAUAUAAAAUCUUUCAAAACAAUUCUGUGAAAUAUUUGUAAUUUGUGAAUAAAUCAAAUGACUGUUCUUUUCAUUUGGGAACUUAAGCCAAGUAAAUUUUAAAAUUUCGUAUCUUGGAUGACUUUUAAGCUAACUUUUUCUAAGCAUUUAACUUUUAUCAUAAUAUUAUACUAACAUUUAUAUAUUUUUUUAAAAAUUUUGUCCGGUUGACAAACUAAAUUUUUUCAAGAUACGAUUAUUUUCUUAACUGGAAACUAUUCUUUUUUUUAAAGGUUCCUUAAGACAAAUAUAGUACCCCUACACCAUUAUCGAAUUCUAAGUUAAUUUAGCCAUCUUUUAUUUAAACGAUAAAAUAGAGUAGAACUAAAAAACAAUUUUACUCUUCUAAUCUGCAUUUCUAAUUAUUACACAGGCUUUAUGCUUUGACCAAAUGAUAAGAAAUUUCAGUGAUAUUGGAAGGGAUUAGAUAACAGAAUGUUUUUGUAGGUGUUUUUAAUUUUUUCGAAUUGAGCUCUUUUUAAUUAUUUGCUUCUGUAGGAUUUUUGAUAUAAUUUUUGUUACUAUCUGUUAAAAUAGACUAUAGUACCUAUUUGAUAAACUAGAUUAAAUUUAAAUCAUUGAAUUCGAUUUAAAUUGAAUAUUUACGAAUUUAAUUCUGAUUUACGAAUUCAAUUCUGAUUUACGAAUUCAAUUCUGAUUUACGAAUUCAAUUCUGAUUUCCGAAUUCAAUUCUAAUUUACGAAUUCAAUUCUAAUUUCCGAAUUCAACAAUUAAAGUAAAGCUUAGAUGUAAAUUUCAUUUUUUUUCUUUUUUAAUAUAUCAAUUUCUUAAGCAAACAAUUGUAACUUAAAUUUGGUUAUGAUGAUUUGGUUACCAGAUUUUUCUGUGUACAAAAUUUGCAGAAUAGAUUAAAUUUUCAGGGUAUUGCCCAUUAUUAACAAAAAUAAGUGAACCAAUUACAUUCUAUAGUAUUUACAAUAAAUUUGAACAGCCGCUAGAUGGCGUUUGAAAUGAAUCUAAAACUAAGGAUGUUAUACUAAUGACACUAGUCUCGUCACCAAUAUUUCUCGUUUGGUCAAAGAGUUGGAUUUUCAAUUUAUUUAAACUUUUAUCUUAUUUUCUACGUCAAAGUAAUUUCUUAUUCGUUACUUUAAUGAUGUAGUAGUUUAAAUUUUUACUGGACUUAAUAUCUCCAUAACCGAGCUUCUCUGUUUGCUCAUUAAAAAAUUUUAAUGUCAUAGUUUUCUAACUGUUACCAUACCAUUAAAGACGGCAUAUCUCUAACACAAAUGAAGAGCAAUAGUUUAUGGAAGUUUCACAUUUUAUAAUGGAUUGUUUGCUUUUAUAUUAUCCUUCAUCACUGUAUUAAACAAAUAUUUGUAAAAAAAGAAUUUAAAAAAAAGAGAAAAAAAACAAUGUUGCAUACCUAAUGUGUUUGAUACAUGAAGAUUCACAUGAGCAUCGUAGAUGUUUAAAUGUGGCUGGUCAUUAGUUUCAUUUGUGACGUCAUGUGUAUCUAGUCAACACUUAUAGUAGCCAUUGCACAUAGAUGAAUAUCUAAAGAAAUUAUAUCUAUAUGAAUAAAUAUCUGAAAUUGAA